UCCAUCUAUGUCAUCCCAGAUUAGUUCCAUCUCGCGCAGGAUCUGGUCUCGUCUGCUUUGGAACGCCCUCUAGAUUUCUGCCUCUGUACACCAUCCCCAAACAAGAUGGCGUCCCAGCUUCUGCCCCUCGAGUUGAUCGACAAGUGCGUUGGAUCGAGGAUCUGGGUGAUCAUGAAGAAUGACAAGGAAUUUGCCGGUACUUUGUUGGGCUUUGAUGACUACGUCAACAUGGUAUUGGAAGAUGUGACGGAAUUUGAUUACUCUGGCGCUCAGGUUAAGCUGCCCAAGAUCCUGCUGAAUGGCAACAAUGUCUGCAUGUUGAUCCCGGGUGGGGAAGGCCCCGUUGGUGGUUCCUAAUUGAUGAUAUCCACGUUCUUCUGCAAAACCCAAGACCAAAAAUUAAAAAAAAAGGAAGAAAAACGAAUAAUCUCUGCAUACGACCGUUAAGUAAUGUCAAAUAGAACGCUUGUAAGGCCCAAAAGACCAGAC